UCUGUUGUCCCCGUGCUUGCAGCACCCACCGCUGCGCUCCAGGCCUCGCCUUCCAGCCCAGCACUGGCAACCCCCAAAAAAUAACCACAAAGCCCAGCCUACGCUGUCGGUGUCCCCCAGGGGCCAACAAAGGGGUCGCGGCCCCAGCCGGCUGCCGCAAGCACACGCAGCGGCCGGGGGGGCGACAUUCGGGACGAACCCUGUCAGGAUCCUCCCCGUUCCCAGAGAAUGAAAGGCAAGUGCGAUUGCGGGGGAGAAAGGGAAGACACUGAUCACAAGGAAGAGGCAAAACGCAGUAAGAAUUAUCUCUUUAUUCCUUUAUUCCCACCCGCGCACUCGCACGGGGGAGUCACAACGGUUACAAGCGCGAGGGAAACCCGCCCGGAGCCGCCAUGACAGAAACCGCCAUGACACCAGCCACGGCGCCGCCAUGACACCGCCAACCCGCCACAGCCCGCGCUCCCUCCCCAUUGGCUCUCCCCGUUGCCACGGCAACAGCGACCCCACCUCGGGGCGCGCCGGCGCUCUGAUUGGUGGCUGCCGUUGCCGCUUUCCCUGCUCCUCAGGGAAGGUUGCGGCUGCUGAUUGGCUGCUGCCGUUGCCUAGGCGACGGCAGGACGCGGCGAGGCCUAGCGCAGCCAUGGCGGGGCCCGAGGCGCCCGCCCGGCCCCUGCUGACCGCCGAGCCCCCGCCGCCGCCGGUGCCCAUCUCCGCGCUGCCCCCCAAGGUGUACGAGGCGGCGCUGAAAACCGGGCCCGACUCCUCCAGCGGCCUGGCCACGGCCGGCUUCCGCAGCGCCAAGUACCUGCCCCCCGAGUGGCACCAGAGCAACUACUGCCAGUACCACCGGGCCUUCGCCAGCUGCCAGGAGGCCGAGCGCAACCGGGAUGAGGCCAAGGAGCUGUGCGAGCGCACCGCUGCCGCUGCUCAGCGUGCCCAGCAGGAUUCCACAGCCGCCCUGGGCCAGCGGCUGCAGGACAUUCACUUCUGGAAGGGCGAGCUCCAGAAGGAGAUCGAGGACCUGGAUGCGGAGACCGGGCUGUUGGCAGCCCAGAAGCUGCGGCUGGAAAGGGCGCUCGACGCCACCGAGGUGCCCUACAGCAUCGCCACCGAUAAUCUGCAGUGUCGGGAGCGCAGGCAGCCCCCGGACCUGGUCUGUGAUGAGGUGGAGAGGGAGCUGCUGAAGGAAGCUGAACUUAUAAGAAAUAUCCAGGAGCUUUUGAAAAGAACUUUGAUGCAAGCUAGUAACCAGAUGCGAUUAAAUCGAGACCACAAAGAGAUUUGUGAGAUGGACUGGUCAGACAAAGUUGAAACGUACAACAUUGAUGAUAAAUGUGGAAGAUACAAUAACCAGAGCACCAACAUCCAGUUCCAUCCUAGCUCAGUGAAGUUUGAAGAGAGUGCAUCAACACCAGAGACAUGGGCCAAGUUCAGUCACGACAACAUCUAUAAGGCAGAACGAGAAAAACAAGCUUCAAUUAAUCUUCGUGCUUUAAUUGAUAAUAUUCUUCAUGAUGUAUCUGAGGACCUGAGGAUGCAGUGUGCUGCUGUUAAUGAGGCUUUUGCCAAACAUCUUGAGGAGCUAGAUGAUACAAAACAUAAACUAGAGCAUCAUUUGAAAAAAACCCUCAAGGAGAUUGGAGAUCAAGAAGCUAACAUUGCUGCUCUCAAGCAAGCUAUCAAAGACAAAGAAGCCCCAAUGAAAGUUGCCCAAACGAGGCUGUAUGAUAGAUCUUUUAGGCCCAAUGUUGAGCUCUGCAGAGAUGCAGCACAAUUCAGGUUGAUCAAUGAAGUUGAAGAACUAACGGAGUCCAUUGAAUCUCUGAAGAAAAAACUGCUAGAAGCUGAACAGUCUCUGAGGAACCUGGAAGACACACGGAUGAAUUUAGAAAAAGAAAUAGCUGUGAAAACAAAUAGUAUUUUUAUUGAUAGGCAAAAGUGCCUGGCUCAUCGCACACGCUACCCUUCUACUCUUAAAUUAGCAGGUUACCAGUAGUAAUCUCUGUACUAACUAUGCAAAGUCUGGAAGAAAAGUAUAAUUUAGAGUCUUUCAUAGGAAACACACGGGUAAUAUUAUACACAGAAGUACUGUUAUUUUCCUUAUUUGUAUUAAAAUGCACUAGUAUAACA